AUCUCGGAAUUUUUGUGGCAUCCCUAUUUAUAGUUACAUUUUCUAAGCUGAAAUGAAAAUUGAGAGAGAACUGUAUUUCGUAUAGUUAAAGAAAUUUACAAUGGUUUCUAUGCAAUUUGUGUUGCAACCGCUUCCAGGGACUGAUGAACAAUUCAUUGAAAGAAUACGAGAAGUCUCUGAUAAAGUAAAUCGAUUCGGUUCCGGUACUCAUAGAAUAUUUGAGCAAUUGAAAAUACCUGUAAGGGAGGUGGUAAUUGGACCUAACCAUAUUGGAGUGCUUUUAGAAGAUGGAAAAGCAUUUCGGGUCGCCUUCUCCAUAAAUUCUGAAAAACUCGAUUUGACCAAAUCUGACAAUAAAUGUGCGCCUUCUGGUGGAGUAGCGGCAACAAAUGCACCAAAGGCACCAUCGUCCUCUCGGCCUAUGGCUCGCUCUCGUGCACGGCUGCUUCGAGCAACAGGUAGGACAAGCUCAAGUGGUCAAGGCUCUGGAUCAAGAAGUACAGGGGUAAUAAUUGGGGGCAGCUCGUCUAAUCGACCCCUUGUAACGGUACCAGCCACAUAUGUGCCUGAAGAGCUUAUUUCUCAAGCUGAAGUCGUAUUGCAAGGGAAAAGUAGGAAUCUCAUUAUUAGAGAACUUCAGCGCACAAACCUUGACGUUAAUUUAGCCGUGAACAAUUUGCUUUCACGCGAUGACGAGGAAGCUGAAGAUACAGAAGAGGGAGGAGACAACUAUGUGCCAGAGGAUCUAAUUUCAUUAUUAGAUAAUGGUUUUUCGGGUGACAAUAAUAGCGUCAUUAUUGAUCCAUCGGAUGGACUUUUCUCAGAAGAAAUAUUUAGUAAUUAUUCAAGCAUAAGAAAUCUUCUUUUUGAUCGGAUUCGUAGUGAACGGAACAGUGCCAGUUCAAGUGGCACAGAUAAUAAUCAGUCCAAUCGAACAUCGGCUUCGUCUAGCGGUGUCAUAGCAGGAAGUGCCAGCCUAUCAGCUCAGAUAUCCUCGGCUAAUGCUGAUCGCGAAGCGUUUAGCCGAUGGCGUGAUCGUCAAUACUACGGCCCACGUCGCUGGAUAAGUAAGGAUGAUUACACAUGGGAUAAAGAUACAGAUCCAAAAAAAAAGGAACCGUCUUCCAUACCUUCCCCGAUAUGGAUAUCAGAAGAACUACAACCUUGGCCCGACAAACCAUCAACACGUUUUAAGACUAUUGGAGCAUUGUACUCUGAGUUUAUUGCUCUGUCGGAAAAUGGAGAACUGCAUCAGUGGCGCUGGUCAGACUUGGAGCCGUACAAAUCAGAUACUGACAACGUUUAUCAUCCAAAGACCAUGGCCCUUAACAUUGGAGAAAAGGUGGAGCUAAUAUCAGCAAAUUUCAUUAGAUGCUCCGUAGUGACUGAAUCGAAUCGAGUCGCUACUUGGAUGGACGAACAGCUGGGAUAUCUUGGUGCUAAAUUGGAGCAUGCUGCUACCGCUUUUAAUGAAUUCAGCAUGGACCCUAUUGCAACAAUACACGUUUGCUCACUAUACACAGCAGUUAGGACCGAAAACAAUAAUAUUUAUUGGUGGGGAGUUCUUCCUUUCGAUCAACGCCGCUACUUGUGGGAUAAAUUUCGAACAAAAAAUAAGAAACCAUUUAAAAUGGUUGUCGCAGAUAUCAACGUAGGAUCACAAGUGGUUAUGAAGAAGUGUCCUAUAUACCAAACUGGCUCUAUUGGCUUCACGUGCACCAAUGGAGUGCCCAAAGUUGGACAGCUGUUAAACUCUGUGUGGGAUUUCGCAGACGUUUGUCGCAUGAAGAUCUUAAAUGUGGGCUCAGCUUCGGUGUCUGAUAAGGCGCAGACUCUGGGAACGAUUUCAAAUGUCCAUAGCGCUAUUGCUGACAAGGAUAGUUCCAAGACCACUCCCGCACAGCCAUCAAGUUCUGGAAAGAGUGGACAAAUAAGUUCGACAAGCAAGGAAUCUACUGAUCGCAUCGACAUGCCACCUCCACCUUCACCAGCAUCUAGCACAUGUAGUGAUACCGGUAGUGUUACUUCACAUAAACGUACCAAAAGAAUGACAACUAAAGAAGAUGGCAACAGUUGUCAAGAGGGAAGAAAAGACGAGGAGCUAUGGCAGCUGAAAGAUGUCGUAUUCGUUGAGGAUAAAGUGGGCCCUGUUGGAAAAGUGCUGAAGGUGGAUGGGGAUUACGUGGCAGUCCGAUUCCCACCAUUAACUUGCGUCAGUAGCGUUCCCGGACUAAAUAGCAAAGAUGAAGGAAAGGAGGAUGACUGGCAGCAAUGCCGCCUAUUGCGACGCGAAGAUGUCCAAGUUUUUCGAACAGCUGUUUCAUCACGUGGACCGGAUUGGCUACAAAAACAACCGAAGAAAAUAAAUAUUGGUGCCGAUCCCGCAAACGCUCAGCUGCUAACUAUUGCUGUAGAUACCCGUGGCAUUCAUGUGAUUAAGAAGCUGUUCGGCAAGAUACAUUACAGUCUCUAUAACCUGUACAACAGCAAGCAAGAACAAAACUGCCAAUUCCCCACAGACUCUGCGUCAUUUAUAGGAGCGUCUGCCAACAACAUUACAAUGGCCUGCAAUAAUGAUUGCAAUGGCAACAGCAGUACGAUUGUCCUGAGGGAUGGCAACGGAGCGCUCUAUCCACUGGCUAAAGACUGUCUUGGUUCCAUAAAGGAUCCCCAGUGGUUUGACUUACCACCUGUUAAAUCGAUUACUAUGGCUACAAUAUCGCUACCGCCGUCAGCAUCUUGCAUCAAUCUUAAGUCGAAAGUAUGCAUGACCGCUUUGCUUUUCGAAACACAGAAGUUUAUGCCACACAUACUGCGGUGCGAUGUAAAGAACUGCAUAGCUCUGCUGAUGCGUCUCGAAAAGGAAGACCGCAAAGAUAUUCUUUCGGUUGUGGAAGAGCGUUGCGAUGGUAAUCGUAACAUAUUCCAUGCCUGCGUUAUCAUGUGCGCACCCACAUCAAACAAGGACUCACAAAACUUAUCAGAUUUCAACACUAUUAGCUCCGAUAAGAAGCCUGUCGCUUCUGGAGUUUCCAUGCCACGUGCAGGACCUUCCUUGUCAUAUGGCACCGCAUUUGGCAAUGGAAGCAGCUUUAGCGAGAGCUCGAGCUUCGCUACAGUGCCUGGCAUGGGCUCAUCUUCAGCUUCUGCUUCAUUAAGCAGGGAGAAUCGAAUAAGUCUGCGUGACAUGAUGAAUCGACUGAUCAACACCGAACAAUCGGAGCAGAAUCAAAAUCACAGUCAGCAAGCAACGAGUGCAGGCGAAGAUCAUGCCUAUGUUCCAAUACCCUGGGCCCUUGACCCAGGGACAGCUAGCAACCUUAGCACAACCGGAGCUCAAAACGCGGCGGAUACAUCUGAUGAAGAUGUUUCCAAAGUGCUGCCUUCGUCAUCUCAAAACAUUGCGUCAAGCAGCAAAUUGGGAUCUCCAAACUAUACAUUCGACCUAUUACAACGACGCGAGCAAGCCAUUCUGAUCCUUCAGCACAUGUGCGCUAGUGUGGCACUGCGCCCUUACCUUUACCAAAUGUUGAGCGCAAAGGAUGCUCAGGGCCAAACUCCCUUUAUGCUGGCCGUUUCAUGUCGCGCCUACGAAGCUGGUAUUAUAAUACUAAAUACCAUUCUCAGUGUUUCUGAGCAGGACACCCAUCUGAAGGAGGCGAUGAUAUUCCCCAGUGGGUCGCCGGCUGAUCAGUCCCCUCUACACGUCAUAUGCUAUAACGACACGUGCUCCUUCACCUGGACAGGUGCAGAUCAUAUUAACCAAAAUAUAUUUGAGUGCAAAACGUGCGGCCUAACUGGCUCUUUAUGCUGCUGCACCGAAUGCGCACGCGUUUGCCAUAAGGGCCACGACUGUAAGCUUAAACGCACUGCACCAACGGCCUACUGCGACUGCUGGGAAAAAUGCAAAUGUAAGGCACUAAUCGCAGGAAACCUUACCAAGCGCUUUGCGCUGCUCUGCAAGCUCGUUUCGUGCACUGAUUUGGUUACCAAAUUCAACUCAAAGGGAGAGUCCAUAUUGCUGUUCCUCAUUCAAACGGUCGGACGGCAGAUAGUUGAGCAAAGGCAAUACCGCUUCAAUGUAAGGGUCCGUAAUGUGGGCAACACGGGAAAUGCCAGUGGAAGCAGCACUGUUAUCACCAAUCGAAAAUCUUCUUCGCUGGACAUGGAUAGCGACAUGCCAGACCAUGAUCUGGAGCCGCCUAAAUUUGCUAGGAAAGCUCUUGAGCGUCUUUUGAUCGACUGGCAAGCGGUGCGCUCCAUGAUUAUGAGCGGCGCAGAUAGAAACGAAACAAAUCUAAAUCCACACGGUAACAGCAGCGAGGGAGGUAACUCUGAAAGCUUCAAUGUUUUCAUGCAAUCUCAGCAUGGCUCCACACUGCUCGACAAGUUCACGCACAGCCUGAUAGUAAAAUGCACAAGCGACCAUCUGGAUACUCUGCUGCUGACUCUUGUACGAGAACUGCAGAAUUUCGCUGUCCCUGGCCGUUGCAAAGAAGCUGAGGAAGUAGCGAGACGUUUUGUGCGGUCUGUGGCGCGUGUAUUUGUUAUCUUCAAUUUGGAGAAACAGCCAAACCCAGAGAAACGAAAGAGUCACACUUCGUGCAACAAAUACGUUCAGAGUUGCGUGAAGGUGUUUCAGACACUUCACAAAAUAUCAAUUGAGGAGCUGUGCGAGGUAUCUGAGGCCCUAAUUGCACCCGUAAGACUCGGUGUCGUGCGACCUACUGCUCCAUUUACAAUGUCUUCAUCUAAUCUGGAUAACUCGGAUGACUUGUUCAGUGUUGAGCCACUGGCGCCUUCCAAUGUUGAAGCAUCCGCUGAACAGAUUGUCGUGCACGAUGCCAUCAAUGUACAAAACCCCAACUUCAAUGUGCAACAAAAUUAUGAUGUGGUUGCAAUGGACAGUCUUCGAGAUCCAUCGGAAUCCGAAGAAAUUCCCAAUCGAGAAUCUAAUCUGAGCAACCAUGACGAUGACUUGAUAGAGAAUCAGCGCAAUGAAGAAGGCAUGCAGGAUGAUGAGAGUGAUAACGAUUUCACAUUCAAUGAUGCUGAAACCGAAUCUGAUUCCGAUGACAACCAGAGCAAUCAAGACGCACAAAGGAGCGUGCAAACUGGAGCAACUGUUGGCUCGGAAACAGACAUUGGUGUUCUAUUUUUGGAAGAUGAAUCUGGGGACUCCUCGGCUCAAGAAGAAGACGGCUCUGAGGAUGGCGAAUCGGACGACCAAUCUGAUGAAUUUAGUUUCAACGAUCAGCAACUUGAGCGUCGAAACGUUAAUCCUAAUUCACGCAACGAUCUCACUCCACAAACAAUGCAAUGGGCCAUCAGAAGCCGUGAUAAUACUCGCUCCUCUGUGCGCGUCCCAACUGGUUCCAAUUUAGUUUUUAUUGAUCCCAUGGCGUUGCGUCGCUCUGCUGUGCCAGCCAGCACAGCUGUCAAUACGCCAACUGCCGAGUCUCACACAAUGGCCACGACUGCAAGCAAUUUGGGCCGCGCUUUUGGUAUUACUAUACGACAAAUAUCAGAGCUUUUAGCUAUUAUGUCUUACAAUAUGACGAACGAUAUUGAGACUUCAUUGAAGAUUCGAAUUGAGGAAGCGGUUGCCGUUCAAGCUUUUGUUGAAAAAAGAUUGAAGCCAACAUGGGACUGGAUGUUCACUGUUAUGGAUGGAACAGAGGCGCAGUUGAAGUUCGGCGCAUAUUUGACUAACUACACUGAUCCAAAUCAUCCACUGCAUCCGCUCAAUCUUAGCGCACAAGCAACUACAAGCCAAGCUUCCACUUCGACUUCUACAAAUGUUGGUGUAAAUGUAAUUGGGUCAAGUUCUCGACGUGAUUUCUUCACAUAUUGCCUGUCAUUGAUGCGUGCGCAUACUUCAGAGCAUCGAGAUGCACUUCCCGUAUUGGAUAUAACUGCGUUGCGCCACAUUUCGUAUGUGCUUGAUGCAUUCGUUUAUUAUAUGCGCAAUGAUACCAGCUUUUAUGAUAAAAACGAUAUAUCCGGACGAGUAAACAAUUUAUCAAACUGUAUGGAAACAGAUGACACGGAUGAUGAAUUGAGCAACAUUGAAAGCUCGAAUGCCGAUAGGCAAUGUUCUGGCAACGCAUCGGCUAACACGAAUAUUCGCAAAUACGCAUUCUUUACCAGGUCUGAUUCGACCCUAAGUCUGGGUUGCUCUGCUCCGGACGGGUUUGACUUACCACUUGAUAUGGCCAUGCCACUAGCAGAUAAGCCACACCUUCUGCAACCAAAUUCAAAACGCCAGGAACUGUUUGCCAAUCUACCAUUGCACGCAGUACCUACUGCUAAAAACAACACAGACAAAAGUAAUACUUCCCAUCAGGGAUCUAUUGACCAACCUCCAACUAGGUUAGGCUUCUCAAAUUUUAUGAAAGCUGAUACGCCAGCAAAUGAGAAUGAUGUCAGCCAGCGCAUAACAGAAUCUGAAAAUAAUGUUGAAACUAUCGAAGUAAAAGAAGACAGCAGAUCUUAUAAGGACGACGACACUGGAGAUUCAAAUAUUUACGUUCAGCUAAAGAAAAAACAGUGCUUGGAUGAUUCAAAAUCACAUAAAGGGUCUGAAGCUGCUAAUUCGUACUCUAAAGAUCAUAUUGAUUCAGAGGAUGUACAAAUGAUCGAUGUUUCGGCGGGACCUAGUACAUCAGCAGAUAUUUUAAUAACAACUCGUCCAGAAGUUAUUAUUGCACCAAGCCAAAGUCGCAUCAGGGAUGAGGUGUCACCAAUACAGAGCUCUUUAUCAGUAUCAGCAGUUCGUAGUGUUAUUGUUCGAGCUGGAACAUCGAAUCUGAAGCUUGAAUCCGACGACAAUAGCUUACCCGAAUGCAAAAACUCAACCGCUACUUCCACACCACACCAUCUUAAAUGUGAUAAUUGCCGGGAGAAGCUGCCAUCGCAGACUGUUAUGUUUCCCAUCCGUGGCUCUUUGUUUUACAAGAGUAGCUCUUCUGAGUUGCCAUCAUGGAACUUCCUGCUGAGUCGGUGGAAAUUGGCUCUUGAUCUUUUCGGACGUGUUUUCAUGGAUGACGUGGGUAUGGAACACGGAUCUGUAUUGCCAGAAUUGAGAGGUUUCCCAGUGAAGGAAAUGCGCUUUAGACGACAUAUGGAAAAACUGCGCAAUGGACAACAGCGAGACUUAGUCCUCUGUAAGCUUGAGCGAAAUAGGGAAAGCCUAAUAAUCCAAACCUUUAAGGAACUAAAUGCUCAAUUCGGCACACAAAAUCGACGAGCUCAGCCACCUAUAACAUUUAACAGAGUUAAGGUGACAUUUAAGGAUGAGCCCGGUGAAGGUUCAGGAGUUGCUCGCAGUUUUUACACUUCCAUUUCGGAAGCAUUGCUCGCAAGCGCAAAAAUGCCAAAUCUCGAUUCUGUGCAAGUGGGUGGUACACACAGCAAAUAUGGAGUACCUUUCUCGAGUAUACUACGCAGCCGAACCGUAUCCGGUUCAAGUCGUGAUCCCCCCACAUUGCAGCGACGUGGAACCGGCAGCAAAAUAUUGUGGCGUACAGCUCGAGAACGAAAAACAUUAAAUGUAGAUGCUAGACCAUAUACUCCAUCGUCUAGUGCAGAUAAUAACACGGCUGAGGGCUCGAACGACCAUUUAUCAGUUCACCUACAACAACUUGGCGAGCGUCUGUAUCCCAAAAUCCACUCAAUAAACUCGGUGCACGCUGCAAAAAUAACUGGCAUGCUACUGGAAAUACCCACUCCGCAGCUUCUAUCAGUUCUGUCUUCUGAUGAAACACUUCGGCAAAAAGUUAACGAGGCGGUUGAGAUAAUUAACUUUAAACUGAAAUCGGAAAUAAACAUGCAGAACCAACAGAAAAAAUCGCCAUCUGCUGCAACUGAACCGAUAGAAGACGAUAAUGAGCCAUUAUUUUACUCUCCGGGUAAACGUGGCUUUUAUACUCCACGACAGGGUCUUGCGUCAUUCGAACGUAUUAAUGCAUUUAGAAAUAUUGGCAGACUUAUUGGGCUUUGCCUUUUGCAAAAUGAAUUGCUCCCACUGUUCCUUCAAAGACAUGUAUUAAAAUAUGUGCUUGGUCGAAAAAUUAAAUUUCAUGACCUCGCAUUUUUUGAUCCAGCCUUGUAUGAAUCAUUUAGACAGAUCAUACAAAACGCCCAAACAAAGGAAGGAGAAGAAACCAUCAACCGAAUGGAGCUUACUUUUGUCAUUGAUCUGAUGAAAGAAGAAGGUUGUGGCAACCGUGAAUUGAUACCUGGCGGACGUGAUAUACCCGUAACGUCGAGUAACAUACUUGAAUAUAUUAGACGUUAUACUGAAUAUAGGCUCAUUAAGUCACAAGAGAAGGCUCUUGAGGCUUUAAAGGAUGGUAUUUUUGAUGUUUUACCGGACAACUGCAUGAAUAGCUUGACUGCGGAGGAUCUACGUUUACUCUUGAAUGGUGUCGGGGAUAUCAAUGUUUCAACACUAAUUUCAUAUACAACAUUUAAUGACGAAUCGAGUGAAGGCCCUGACAAGCUAUUGAAAUUCAAAAGAUGGUUCUGGAGUAUUGUUGAGAAAAUGAAUACGCUAGAGCGCCAAGAUCUGGUAUAUUUCUGGACAGGAUCACCAGCUUUGCCAGCCUCAGAGGAAGGCUUCCAGCCCCUACCAUCUGUCACUAUUCGACCAGCAGAUGACUCUCAUCUUCCUACUGCAAACACUUGUAUAUCCCGACUGUAUAUUCCUCUCUAUUCCAGCAAAUCAAUUUUACGUAGUAAAAUGCUGAUGGCCAUUAAAUCCAAAAAUUUUGGAUUCGUUUAAGCAAAUAAUUACCAAUUUCUGGUUUACGUUAUUUUUGCCGUAUGUUUGCUUAUGCGAAUUGUUCUUAUUUUUUUGGUAUUUGAUAAAAAUUUUUAAAUAUGACUAUUCCACAUUUGUAACCAACCACACAUAUGUAUGUAUCUCCAUUCCUUCAAUUUGGUUCUGACAUUAUAAAUAUUGCAAUAGUUCUGGUUUAA